CCCACGAUCCGGUAACCCGCACAACAUGGCAUGCGAAAAGCAACGACCAGGCACACACGUCUCACGCCCCUAUCUGCUAGCAACCUCCUCGCUCCUCCCCAUCCCAUCUAUCUGCUGAAAAAAUCGCCACGCCAUCCACGCCGCUCACGAUCCCCGCUGCGGCGCCUGCGUCGAUGGGCUCCCCUCGGUCCUCCUCCACCAAGCACCCGCCCUCCCAUGGUCGUGGUCCAUCCUCUACCAAGCUAUUGAUUGGGAGUCCCUUGAGGCCUUACCACGACCAUGGAAUCCCUUGCCCUCGCCUGCGUCGAUGGACCCGCCCGUGACCGGACCGAGAGCAUGUUAUCGCACUCCUCGUCUUCUCCAAUCGACACACCCCGCCGCUCCGACACGGGCGCAUCAACGCCGGAGCUCCCCUGCUCAGCUUCGCCGUGCUGCUCCCCUGCUCUCCCGCACGUCCUCCUCCGCCGCCGGGGAUGCCUACGCCACCGCUCCCUCCUGCCUCGCGCAGCUCCCCUGGCCCCCUUGCCUGCCUCCCAAAUCUCCCCUCUUUCACCCCCAAAGUUGUUUCUUCUUCCUCCCGCUGCGUCUCCUGCUUGCGCGCUGCGGCGACACCUCCUCCUCGUUGCCCCCGACGCCGGAGGAGGCACGGGGAAAGCAACAGUGUCUCGCGCUGCGCUUGCGCCACCUCGGGUGUGCGUGGGCCUACGGGUCGGUCGCCGCCUCGGCCGUGCGCCAGUCCGCAAAGGAGGAGGAAGGGGAUUCCGUUCGCCGCCAAGGCGUACUGGGUAUGCUCCUCGAGUCCCCGCUCUUCAGGCCCCUCCUCACCCCCCUCAUCAAGAAGCAGAACAACAUGACGCAGAUGCUGUAGCGCACGGGGAUCCCCGACCGGCCCAUGUUCUUCCCGGAGUACCCUCUCUCUGUACAAGCAAAAGCAGCUAUGAGAAACUUUUCAUUCAGUCAAGUUCUACUGAUUUUUAGUCUUCUUGAAUUUUGUAUAGUUGAGAUAGAUGUUCUACUUCUUUCAUUCAGUCAGGCUCUACUGAAACAUUUUGCAGAAACAAUGUACUGCUGAAACUGAAAAAAGGAACAGAAACAUAAAUGUUCUGCUGAAACUGAAAAAAGGAACAGAACCACACCUGAAUAAUUUAUACUCAUUCUUCAAUAGAUUUAAAAAUGUUCAGACUUUGGAUGUUCACUGAAAUAAUAAAUCUUGUCUUUCCUAAAAACUGAAUUUGUAUAUUAAGUCUUUGCUAAAGAGAAAUAGUAAAUCUUAUCAUAACAAAUGCUCAUUCAGAAGUGUUCAGAAAUCUUCAGUUUUUUAUCCUGAAAUGUUCAAUUUUUUGCUCUCUAAAUUGUGUGCCUUUAUUGCUCA